AUGGCAGCUUCCAACCAGGUGAAAGUUACAGAUGUAUACAAAGUAAUCCCGGCACAAAAUUCGUCGGAAAAGCUCUCCAAAACCGUCGCUAAUAACUACAUUCCCCUCACUUUCUUCGACGCAAUUUGGAUUAGAUUCCCUCCAACCCAACGAGUUUUCUUCUAUGAAAUCAACAAUUUAUCUUCAAACUUUUUCUAUCAAACCAUUCUCCCUAACCUCAAGAACUCACUCUCUAUCACCCUUCAACACUACCCACCACUAGCCGGAAAAGUUACGUGGCAUCCCCAAACCGGCAAGCCGGUUAUCAGUUACUCCCCUGAAGAUGCUGUCUUCCUCACGGUAGCUGAGUCCUGCGCCGACUUUGAUUCUAUCUCAACAGAUGAUUUUAAGGAAGCUAAACACUUGUAUGCCCUUUUGCCUGAUUUGCAUGUUUCUGAAUCCGAGGCUAAUGUUCUUUCUUUACAAGUCACUUUGUUUCCGGGUUAUGGAUUCUCAAUCGGCUGCUGCUCUAAUCAUUCAUCAAUGGACGGGAAGAGUAGUGCCAUGUUUUUGAAAUCAUGGGCUGCGAUUUGCAGACUUGGAUCCCUUCCGUUUGAACUAACCCCGCUUUUCGAAAGAUCUUUGAUCGAUGACCCUUUGGAUAUCUGCAACACUUUCAUCGAUGAUUGGUCGAAAAUAAUUGAUGGUGGUUUGUCCGAGGAGAAGAAGAGAAGCCUGGUUCCAAUGGAAAUGAAACCUGCGCCGGGGUUAUACCGGAGCACAUUCCGGUUAACUCCGGACCAGAUAGGACAACUAAAGGGGAGAAUCAAAAUCAAAAUAAACAGCCAUGUUUCUAGUUUCAUGGCUGUUUGUUCUUAUAUAUGGACGUGUCUGGUGAAAGCAGAGAAAGGGGAUUUAACAAAGGAGACUGUUUAUCUUGGAAUCAACAUAGAUUGUCGAGCCCGUUUGGAGCCACCGAUUCCGGAAAAUUAUUUUGGAAACUGCAUUAAGAUUCAGCUUGCGGAGGCAAAAGUUGCGGCUUUGGAAGGAGGUGAUGGAAUGGUGGCGGCUACGGUUGCGAUUAGAGAGGUGAUUGGAAACGUGGGUGAUGGAGUUUUGAAGGGGGCGGAUAAGUGGCUUUCGGGAGCAAAUCCAGUGUUUAUGGGUGCGAAGAUGUAUGGAAUUGGUGGGUCACCAUGGUUUGAUCUGUAUGGGGUGGAUUUCGGAUGGGGAAGGCCGAGGAAGGUGGAGAUGGUGUCCAUUGAUAAGAAUGGAUCUUUUUCUCUUUGCGAUAGUAGAGAAGGCAAUGGCGCGAUUGAGAUCGGGAUCGUGUUGAGCAAGACCAACAUUGAAGCUUUUGCAUCUAUCUUUGCUCAAGGGCUUCAACAACUAAUAAUAUCUAAUAAUUAA